CGAAAGCCGCCUUGCGACGCGGUAAAAUGGCAACGGUGAAGUGAACGGACAGACGUCGAGCAAAUUAAUUAGACUUUUCCGUGCAUUUUUCAGACCUAUUUACACGCUUAAAAGCGAAUUGUGCUUUAGAAAUCUUAAAAGGAGACGCUCGCGAAAAAAUUAUCACUUCACGAAUCAAAAUAAGUCGGGGGAGGACAUUUUCAUUGGCGCAGUCAACUAGCCCCGUGGCGGCGAGCAAAAAUGGCCAACUCAGACUCAGCGGCCGAUUAUAAAUGCAAAUUAUGUUUCUUGGAAUUCGAUUCGAUCAAAUCCGUACUCAGGCAUGAACUCACGCAUAUGGUUGGCGGCAGCAAGAACGCGGAUGAGGUGAAGACCGGCACGAAACGGCGCAAAAACGGAGGAAAACCCAAAUUCCGAAAGAGACACCGCAAAGGACCGAAAACACUCCUCGCUUCUGUGGACCCAUCUAUGGCUGAACUGGAGGAUGACGUGCGCGACGGGCUGUUGAAUUGUCCUCCAGGUUCGGAGUUUCGCGUCCUCAGUCGCCUGUUCCUGCCGGAUCCAAAUUUCGUCCGGCAAGUAUCCAAUCGAAUCGUCAACGAUCUGCAGGGUGUGCUGGAAUCUGACGAUGAGUCCGGGAUCUGGGACAUCCAAGGUUUCGGGUCGACCAUUACAGGAUUGGCUUUCAAAGACAGCGACAUUGACUUUUACAUCAGCCCCGAGUAUCGCUUCAAGAGCUUCAGCAAACAAUUCAAAAGGGUGAAUGACCUUCUCCAUCGCAGCAAACUAUUCACCAACAUUCUGCCCAUCCGGGGCGCCAGAGUUCCGAUUAUUAAGUGUCGCCACGUGCAGAGUGGAGUCAACUUGGACAUCAACAUGUCCUCGUCUUUCGGAGUCUACAACACGCAGUUCAUCCUAAAACUCUUCAAGUUCGACCGGAGGAUCCACCCACUCAUGGUGGUCUUGAAGAUCUGGGCAAAGAGCUGGGGCAUCACGAAGACCACUCGCAUGACCAACUAUUGCCUGUUCCUCUUGGUAGUCUUCUAUCUGCAGAAUUGCCCGAAUCCAAUUUUGCCCCCUAUGAAGCGGUUCAGCUCGGGAGUGGCCCCGCAGAUUUCGGAGGGUGUGAACUUCGCAUUCAACGAGAGACUGCCCAAUCACACAAAGAACGGAGCAAACAUCCUCACCCUCGUCAAAGGCUUCUUCAAAUUCUACGCAGAGUUCAAUUUCGCGGAGAAUAUCAUCUGCACUUACCUUGGAAAGUCGUUGAACCGUUUCGGAUUUUUAGGAGGAUCAGCUGUUUUUCCAGAGUACAGGACGCAAAUACAGUUCAUGCGCCAAAGGAAUGAAGAGCUGAAGGCGCAGGGCGGAGCUGACUGGGCCCGCGACAUUCGCACAGCCGACAUCAAUUGCUCGGGUUUGAUGGUCGUCCAGGAUAUGUUCUGCUUCAACAGCAACACGGCAAGGUCAGUAGGUCCGCAGGUGUUCGAACUAUUCAAACGACAGAUUGUACACGGCCACAAAGUUUGCCGGGACUCCCCCAACAAUUUGUCACAUUUACUCCUGCGACUAUUCUUCGAGGCGGCUCCCGAGAUAGAGACGCCUUUGGCACCAACCAUUGCCCCAGGCGCGGUCACUAUUUCUCCCAAUAACCCGCCAGCUGCCAGCAACACGCCAGCUCCGCCGUCAAAAUCCAAGCAAACCGCCCUGCUAACAUGUCGGCUAACUCCCGUAGAGACUGAAUUGUUCUUCGUCCGCUUAUACCUCCGCAAAAUAAACCCAGACAAAGUUUACGAGAAGAGAGACAUCGACAGGACAUGGUGCGACAAGGUCGUGUUUUCCAUUGAGAAAGUCCUCACCGACCUGUAUGCAAUGAACUUGAAACAAACAGGGAACCGACGCCAGAACGGCCGGUUCCGGAUAAAUGCUGAGCUGGAGGCGUUCGCUGAUACGUGGCAACAACGGAAAUGUGACCCGAAAAAGGGCUACGCUGUGUUCCUCCAAGAACAGGCAAGCUUUGCAGAGAUGACCUUACAGCAACGUAAAUGCAUGGAACCCCUUGUCCGUGGGAUGGUCACGGUCGGCACAGACACAUCUAACUUCUCGGGGGUGACUAUAACCAUGCAACCAGUCGCGACACCGCAGAAAAACCAUCUGCCGUUGUUUUUCAAGGACUUCACAUCACGAGUGCGGGUUUUCCUGAAGGCGUAUUUGGAAAAAUUCGCCGCCGAGGCCACCGAGACCACCGAGCCAGUUAAGGAAUGAAAUGGAUUGUGUUUGACUAAGUUUGUACUCGUAUGUUUUCAUGUAUUUGAAUGUGAUUUUAUGUUAUGACAUUAUUUUAACUUUUUCUUGUGGAAAAAUAACCGCACAACGGGUAACGAAAAAGUUCGUUGCGACCCAUUUUGAACUGAAAUAUUCAUUUGAGAAAAUAUCGCUUCGGGAAUAAAGAAAUCGCGAUAUAA